AAGAAAACAGAGUGGACUCUUCCUCUUUACACCGUGCCCCAGCUUGACCUCUCACCUCUACGUCAUGAUUUUCCAGACUGAUAUCACCAAGGACACACGCUAAUUUGCAUGCCGCGCAGUGUAAGUGGAAGUGAGAUGAGAAAACGGCAGCAGCCACACAUCGAAGGACCCCCCCAGGAUCCCGGACCCCCCAGGCCCAACACCUGCUGCCUGUGCUGGUGCGGUUGCUGCAAAUGCCUCUGGAAUGCGGACAGAGGGGAACAGAAUAAGCCGCCCUUCCCAAUGGACAGCAUAGAGGAACAACACCCCACACUGGACGAGGUGGUCUCCUGGGCACGCAGCUUCGAGCAGAUGAUGCGCUCCACGGAAGGCCGGGACAUAUUCCGGGAAUUCCUGCGCUCCGAGUACAGCGAGGAGAACCUGCUGUUCUGGCUGGCCUGCGAGGAGCUCAAGGAGGAGAGCAACCCCGCCGCCAUCGAGGAGAGAGCCAGGAUCAUCUACGAGGACUACGUCUCCAUCCUCUCGCCAAAAGAGGUCAGCCUGGACUCGCGCGUGAGAGAGGGCAUCAACGUGAGCCUGUCGGAGCCCGGCCAGCUGAUGUACGAGGAGGCCCAGCUGCAGAUCUACACGCUGAUGCACCGCGACUCCUACCCCCGCUUCCUCAACUCCUCCGUUUACCGGGACCUUCUCGAGAGCAAGAGAGGCUCCUGUCUGGACACCUAAACAAAAGGACCUCCGUCCCUCGGCCCGCCGAGCGCAGCCCCGCUAACCGUAACUUUUUAUGAAUACGACACAAACAGAAACAAAAACGAACCCGACGCAAACACAAGGUGCCACAAUGGGGGGGUAAAAAAGCUAAGCAAUCCUUUUUGCGACUCACUAGCGCUCAGUUCCUGCUCAAGUGCCCAGUGGAGCUCCUCAGGCAACUGUGACGUUGAGAGACAAGAUGAAACAAAACGAUAAACGACCGACAGACUCUCGCUUCCUGUACUGUACUUUCUGAGGAAACUUUGCUCUUCACUUCUCAACUCACUAUCUCUCUCUUUCUCUUUCUCUGCUUGUCUCUUUCUUUCUCUUUUUCUCUCCUCCCUCCUUCCCCUAGCUCUGUCUGUCUCCCUCGCCUUCGUCUUACUCUGCCACCCUCAUUCUGUUGUAUCCUUUUUCAUGUCUGUUUCCUCUAACACUCUCAUGAUGUCUCAAAAGUUAAGGCAGAUUUUAACGGCAGUGCUCUUUUUGGUUGGGAUGUGGAGCUUGACCACACAGAUCAAGUUGAAAAAAGCACCCUUUUGCAUGAAAUUUAAAAAAAAAAAGAAAUGUAUUCUAACUUGACGUUUAAGGGGUGGACUUUUAGGAUUUUUUGAGAGGAUGUUUUCAUUUGUUUUCAUGGCGACAGGCCAUGCCAGGCUCUUGAGGUACAUGGAUGGAAACUUAGUUUUUAUUGCCAAUUGUCAUUUUUUGAGAGGAUUUAGGACAAAGUGAAAAACAUUGCGACUGUGUCACUUUUCUGUCUCUGGCAGAGUUACGUGAAGUUGGGAAGAGAAAUGAAACAGCAAACAACAACAAACAAAAAAAACAACAACAGCAAGGGCUAGCAUUGAGGCCGGGCAGCUAAACUGAAUCACCGAUGUUAUUAACCACUGCAAAAAUCACAAUGCCUAUCUUUUUAAAAAAAAGGGCAGAAAAAAUAGCUGCUGAAGUGGGCAACAAACUUGAGUUUGUUGUGCACCUCUGUCCUGUCCCUCCCAGGCUGUAAAGAAAGAUGGUAUGAAAGAGAGAGUGUGAGAUGCACAGGUGCUGAUCGUGAGAUGUCAUUCUAGCUAGAGCAAAUAAGGGGAGCCUUUUUUAACGUUGAAAAUAAAAUUCCACCAUCUAUUUGUCAAAUGACCUUGAUCAUUAGAGAAUUGUUUCUUAGCAUAUAAACAAUGUUUUAUUUUUUCAUGUGCAUACUCUCUAUGUGUGUUUUAGCAUAUAAUUUAAAGAGGAGAGAUCCUGAUGCCUUGUUUUAGGAGGUAGCUGUACAGUCCUUGUUUGCUUUAGCACUGUAAAGCUGUCCGUGUACAGUGGGUGUUUUGCGAUGGUGAGAACGUGAACUGUUCGAAGAAUAUCUUUCAGUUGUUUAUAGGGAGUGGCUCAGAACGGAGAGAGAGGAAACACAAAAUGAAUCAGACUAUAAGGUGGCGUCAGGUCAUGUUUUGGGUUUUGACUCUGAAGGUUUUGCUCCAGGUUGUUGCAUUGCAAAUGCCAAGGCGCUUUUGUAACCACUGUAACAGGAAGAGAGAAAUACAGUUCUUUCUCUCUCUGAGUUUGCCAGUAUAAUUCUCCACAUUCAGAGUAAUGCGGAGGCUGUAUUACCACCUACAGAAUCUACCACGGUAAGAGCCAUAGUGGGAAAGCAAACGAGAUGAGUUCUUUUGCGUCCUGUCCUUGGAAGUAACUUCUUCACUGUUUUGUCGUGCAGAGUGCAGUCUCGGACAGGGCUUACUCCACUCUGCGUGGUCUUUCUGUGGUUCUUAGCUGGACUAUGGAAGUGUGAUUUGAUAGUGAUUGAGACAGAGACUUUGGUCACACCUGACAUGCAGGUUACAGGAGCGAUAAGUCCUCACACCUCAAGGGCUUGGAGGCGAUUAACGGGUUUAUAGAAGAACUUCAGACUUGUGCGAUGGUAUCUGCUUUUUUCUUUUUUUAAAUCGAGUUGCUUGUUUUGCAACCAAGUGCAUGCGUGCUCUUUGUGAAGAAGAGGAAUUCUUUUUUUUUUCGGAGUGCGAUGUCACAGCACCUCGGCUUUGGGCUUGUUCGAAUUGUAUUGGUGCAGUCAGACCACUUGAGCAUGCACCAGUCCUUGUCGAAGAUGAGGAACCGACUCACUUACCUUAAAAGAUUCAUGUGCCAAGAGCAAGUUGCCAGUGAGCCAGUGAAUUGUAAUCAUGUUUUUUAAAUAGCUUUGAUGGUUACUUAAGUGCAACUGGAUUCUAUUAUAGACUUCAUGCUUUUAAAAUGAAUCUAUAAAAUGUACUGUAGCUUUUUGCAUUAUAUUGUCAUUCAUAAUGUAGUACGGACUCCGGCCCAUGGGCAUUGGUCGUGUAAUGCACAUAAAUGGAAAUGCAUGCGUCAUAUUCGUAAAAACUCUUACAACAUAUGUAGCUCUGUCUGCAGCACUUAACAGUAACAAAUGAUUUGCUGGAGACAAAAAAAAUUAUUACAUAGAUUUUGUCAAUCUCUGUUUGGUUUUUAGGUUUGUGAGCGUAGACCAGACAGCUUCAUGGUGUCGUUGAGCAGUGCGCUCACCUGUUGGGCAAUCAAUCUGUAGAGGCAGGUGAAGCCAGUUACUUUUGAGCCAUGUGGCAUAUUCAGAGGAGCCUUCUUUUGCCGGGAAUGUUCCGUCCUGAUUUUCCUGAAGGUUUGAGUGAAGUUGAUGGGGUAGAUGUGCCGUCCGUUUCUCCGUGCAUGCGCUGUUCCUGUUUCUCUGCCAGACCUGGGAAGCAUCAACCAUUUUACUUUCACUUCUGGUGGAGAGGUUGUUCUUUCUCUUUUCACAAGACCCUGUUUAUUUCACUGGGGCAACUUCAAAGUCACACCACAUCAUGUUUUGACGGAUCGCCAAUUUAUAUUUUGUUUUAUUUUUAUGAUGAUUUUUAUUUCAUUUGAGAUUUUUUUUCUGUACUGAGAGUGAAGCUCCACAAUGGUUAGGUAGGGUUCCCCACCCCCACCCCCACCCCCAUCCUC